AUGCCGCAGAGCUUGGAUCUUACUACUUCCACCGACCGGAAGCGGCAGCGGAGCAGGGACAGUCGCAAGCCCGCCGAUGGCAGUAAUGGCAGCGACAGAAAGGGCUCAAGCGAUACCGAGCGAUUAGCGAGGAAUGGCGUCCGGAUGCCAGCCUAUCUGAGCAAGACCAAGUCUGAAAUAGCUGCAAACUUUGACGCAUUGGAAUGGCAACAGCGCCAGCGAAUGCACCAUGCUGUAAUGAAUUCAGGUUCUCCUUUCAAACUCGAUAGAUCCUGGACGGUCUUGAGCCGGAAUCGAUACCAGAACAUCCAGCCAUGGGACAAUUCGAGAGUACGACUCAAGACGACCAUUGCAGGCUCGGACUACGUCAACGCGUCUCCGAUCAAAUUGCGCUCACACCGGAGGACGAAACGCGCCCGCUCCAACAGCUCGGCCUCCACAGCUACGUUGUCGGAAUACAACUACAUUGCCACUCAGGGUCCCAAGGAAGGCCAGUUCUCCCACUUCUGGCACAUGGUAAUGCAGGAAACAACAGGCCCCGUCGGCGUCAUCGUCAUGCUCACGAAAUGCUACGAAGCCAACAAGGAGAAGUGUGGCCAAUACUUUCCCUCGGAUGAGGACCAUCCCAUUGUCUUACCUUCCGAGCGAAUACACGGAGUGGCCCCAAAGCCUCCUGAUGAUGGUGAUCCUUUCAUUGAUACCCCUUCCAGUAGCGCUGGUACUGAUAGCUGGAUCUCAGGCACAAAUACGAGUUCCCCACUCUCCGAGGCCGCCAAGGCCAGCGAUAACGAACACGAAGAGCAGUCCGACAAAGAGGCGAUCACAGAGGCUGGCGUCGUGGAGAUGGUGUCCAUGCUCAAUGACAUAGAGCUCGGAGCCGAGGUAAGGGAAUUGAAAGUUACAAUAGGCGGGCUGAGCAAGACCAUCUACCACUAUCUCUACAUGCACUGGCCAGACUUUGGUAAGCCGGAAGCCGAAGAGCGCGCAGCGUUGAUGCGGCUCAUCAAGGUGAGUAGGCAGACUGCUGGGGAGAGUCCCAGGAUCGUGCACUGCAGCGCCGGCGUGGGCAGGACGGGCACCUUCAUCGCCCUUGACUUUCUCACAGGAGAGCUCGAAUCCGGACGGUUGGCGAGGCGCGCCUCAGGCUUGAGCACUGGCUCCGAGGACAACCAGCAGCAGCAGCAGCAGUCCGAUUCCCUCGCCGAUUCCCAAGCACCGAAGCGGAAACAACAGGCCACGACUCCCGAGCUUCAGCCAGGUGAAGACGCGUCCAGCAACGGGAAAGAGAAGGAGACGGACCUGAUCCACCAGACGGUCGACUCCCUGCGGCAGCAGCGCAUGAUGAUGGUCAUGAACGAACUGCAGUAUUCGCUGCUCUACGAAAUCCUCCGCGAGACCUUCGUGGCCAUGUAUGCCGAGAAAGAAGUCGGCGUCGUGGUCACCGGACCUGCUGAGGAGGAGCAGGGAGAGCCCAGUCCAAAGGUUCGCCGGCGGAGUCAGGCCUCCUCCGCGGGCGACUUGCACGCGGGAGGCUCCAAGCCUGCCGCUGCGGCGAGAAAGAGUGAUGUCGUUGUUGUGGAUACAGUGUCGGACGUGGAGGUGGAUGCCGGAGGCACCAUGAGUGAGGCGGAGACAGAGAUUGAGGGUUUGAGCAGUAGUGGUAGCGGGCCGCCGCCGCAGGUCGCCUCCCCCGGUACGGAUCAGGAGAUGCCGUCGCAGGUCAUGGACGAUGAGGAUCCGUACGCGGCGGUCGCGCCGGAGAGCAUCAGGCAGGGGAUCAGGAUGGAGAGGGAGGAACGCUGA